AUGGUCUCGAUGAUGUCAAAGGUCUGUUCCAGUGUCUGUGAUUCCAUGACUGCCCGAUGCCGCGCAGGCGGCGCUGUGGCGGACGGGCGGGCGGCGUCUCCGCGCCUGCGCCGGCGGAGAGCGGCCGCUUCCUGCGCGGUGCCCGGGGUGCUCCGCGCCGGCAUGGCGGGAGCGUUCCUGAUGGAGAUCAGGCGGGGGACGCAGAGCGCGCUGCUGGUUAUCCGCGCGGCGGCGGAGCUCCCCAGCGCGCCGGUGGAGGUUUCGGUGUGCGCGGAUUCCCUGGAAGUGAGGAGCGGCGGGAGCUGCGAUGCGGCGGCGCUGCCGGCAGGGGUCAGGCUGGCGCCGUCCUCGUGCCGCGGGCUCCGGCGCCUGCGCGGGGACGGGCUGCACCUGCGCGUGCGCCUGCGCGGCGCGCCGCCCGCCGCCGAUGUGGUUUCUACCUUGAGGGGAAGCCUGAAACCCAGCAAGAAUUACAUCUUUUACUGUCAGUCCUGUGGUGACAUCGUAGUGAAAGACCGGAAAUUUGUCAGAGUUCUUCCUCUACCGAGUGAAAACUGGAGUGAUUUAGUUGAAGAGUGGUGUUGUCACCCUGACCCCUUUGCCAGAAGCACUUUGCAUCCCCAGCAUGGUGACUGUUUUAUUGGAGACACUUUUUUCCUGUUGAAUUCGGGAAAUGAAUCACAUGUGCCUGAAUCUUCCACGUGCUGCUCAGAAGCUGGACAUGUUUCACAGAGUGGCUCUAACUUGAAGUCAAAAGAAAAUACCAGAGUCAUUUGUAAGCGCUGCAAGGCAAUUCUGGGAGAAACAGUUUCAUCAGAUACCAUUAAAUAUUAUGUCACUGAGGUGAUUAUUCAACCAACUGAUGGAAGUUUCAGUCCAACACCAAGGUCUCAGUUUGUACAGAGCAUAGUUGCUCAAUGUCUUUUGGAAUUAUCCUCUGCUAGAAGCACAUUUAGAUUCAUCAUAAAAGGAGAUAAUGGAAAAACCUAUAUUCUGAUAUGGCUUUUAAAUUCUGACACAUUACUGGUAGAGUCUUUAGGAAGUUCCUCCUCCCAGAGUGAUUUUACACUGUUUGGAGAUAUCCUCACACCUAGCUCUGGACCAGUGGGAACCUGGAAUGCUGUCAAAGUCCUUUACCAGCCAUGCAUUCAAUGCAGAAAUAAGGAGCUUGCUGAUGCAUGGGAAAAUGAUAUGGGAGUUCAUCCUUUAAAGUUUCCAUCAGAAACAUGUUUGGAAUUAUUGUUGAUACUGGGUUUGAGUACCACAUCUCUGCCACCUUCACUUCGAUGCAUGAACUCUUUUCAGGUUGCCUUUUUGAAGAUGUGAAGAAUGAAGAUACCUGUGUUGAAAGCUAUUCUUAGAUUCAUUUUCAGCAGAAAUGUGUACAGACAACUUCCAGUGGUGGAACUUCUAGAAGAAAAUCCCCUGGCAAUACAAAAGAAAAUGGGAUAGGGUGGGUGGGUGGGUGUAUUCUUCAUAUCUGAAUGUGUUUCAAAACCAAAGACAGAGUUGACUUUUGUAUCCAGUGCAUUCUUAGAUGUCAUUCCUGUCAUUCCUAUGGCACCCAGCUGGGAUGACUAUUACAAUGUCUUCACUGUCAAAAUGAAAUUCCCUAUGUGUCUUGUACUACCUUUGUUUGAUUGCAAUGUAUAUAUCCUCAGGAAAGUUCACAACUGGUAGCAAAUAUUUUAAAAUAUCAUGGAUACUAAUGUGAGUUCUUUGUUCUGGUGAAGUUAGAGGUCCAACUUUAAAACAUGAAAUACGUUUUUUUUGUAAAAAUUACAUUGUUGUCAUGUAAUUGUUUCUGCAUUAAGGUUUACCUCUCUGCUUGAGAGUGAUUCUACAUGCCUGCACAAUAUGUAGAUAAAAAAAAGAUAAGGUUUUUGGGGAAUCAAAAUUUUAUGGUUAUUUGGAAUAAUAAUAAUAAUAAUAAUCAUCAUCAUCAUCAUUAUCAUUAUCAUUAUCAUUAUUAUUUCAAGGAAAGUUAACAUGCCCUUUACUUAUUAAAUGAUCCUAACAUAGGAAAUGAUCCUACAAAGUGUUGGACACCUUGGUUUUACACAUCCAAAGACAAGGAGCUGAGGCCUCACAGCAUCCACUUUGGACAUAAUUUUUCAGUUAUUUUAGUUUUUCAGUAUUGAAGGAAGAACAAAAUUAUUCUGACUUUUGUAUUCAGGGACUAAGUUAUCUAACUCAAGGUAUUUUGUCUAUGCACCAAAGCUGAGUCAUUUUAUGAAUAAAAUAUUUUUCUAAAUUAGUUUA